AUGAGUAGGAUGCCAGGUAUGAAGGCAGGAGCAUGGACACAAGAAGAAGACAAAAAGCUUAUAGCGUAUGUUACUCAACAUGGCCAUGGAAACUGGCAUUCUUUGCCCCCCAAAGCAGGUCUGCUAAGAUGUGGAAAGAGUUGCAGACGGAGGUGGAUUAACUAUCUGAGACCUGAUUUAAAACGAGGAAACUUUAGCUUGGAGGAAGAUCAAACUAUUACUCAACUGCAUGCUCUUCUUGGGAACAAAUGGUCAACGAUAGCAGCUCUACUACCAAGGAGAACAGACAAUGAUAUAAAGAAUCAUUGGAACGCUAACAUCAAGAAAAGACUUAUCAAAAUGGGGAUAGAUCCCACCACUCACAAACCAAAAUCCAACAUCAAAGACAAUAUCAAUAUUGCUCUCAAACACAAGGCUCAAUGGGAGAGUGUUAGAUUGGAAACUGAAGCAAGAUCAUCAAUGUUAGGCAAAAUUCAAACUCAACCUUUAAUAUGUUCAUCAAGUUCACCAAAUUUUUCAAUAACCAAUCACAACAAUGCAAUGGAUAACAUGUGUGCCAUCAUGUUUGCAAAUGAUGAUGUUGACCCUUUAUUUCCAAUGCAUUGCAAUGUUACAUACAACAAUACCAAUAAUAUCAUGGAAACAAGUGGUCAAGAGAUCAUGCAUAGUUAUGCGUCUAACUUGCAAGGUGAUGAUGACAUAAUGGUGGCAUUGGAAGCUUUUAGAGAUUCCUUCAAUGUUGACACUUUCAUGGACUUCAAUGGAAAUGGAAUGUGUAAGUUUGAUGCUGGCUAUGCAUUUUCAAAAUAA